AUGAAUGAAGUUGGGUUUUAUGUGAGUACUGCCUAUGGGUUGUUUCUAAAUUAUUGCUGUGGGCGCCCAUGGUACUCUCGUGUUUCUCCUUCUUUGAUUGUGGGUGCUUUACCACUCAAAAAGUCUUGGGAUAAAUGGCAGGCAGAUGAAAAUAUCACACAUAUAGUGAGCAUGUUGGAACCAUUCGAAGUAAAAUCAUUUGUCAUAGGAGAAAAGGAUGCUGUGAAGCAAGGCAUUAAAUAUCUCUCUCUACCAGUUCGUGACUUUGUGGGAGUUCCUACAUUUGAGCAGAUUGAUGCUGGAAUUACAUUUAUCAACUCUUGUGUACAGUCAAACGGAUGCGUGUAUAUUCAUUGUAAAGCCGGUCGUACACGUUCAGCAUUCUUAUUAACUUGUUAUUUCAUGUAUACAGAAUCUUUAGGUGUUGACGAAGCGAUUGGUCGUUUGAUAAUGGCUCGUUAUUCAACUGUAUUAACUCAUCAAACUUUAAUACUUUUGGAAAUCAUUUCCAUUGGCCUGGCAUGCAAGUAUAAAUAUGCAUCGGACAAUCUUUUGAAUGUGUCUAAUCUUAAAGUAUUGCCAAUUCUAAUCAGAGAAAAUCUUUCAUUAUUUGUGCAAUGUUUUCAACAACAAAAAUCCGUCUAUUUUUACGAAUCAUCUAUUCAUCUUUACUUUGUGCGUUUUUAUUUGUUGUACAAAUCUAAAUUCAGUAUGAAAAGAGUCCUAUUUUGUUUUAUUGAGUUGUUAUGUGAAAUAGUUUUUUUUAUUUAUUAUCAUACAACUGUUUAA